AUGGAAGAUAAACAAUUAACUGAAGAUUAUCUUCGUAUUCGACUACAAACUGAAAUCAAUAAUGUUCGUAUUUCGUUUAUAUCGUGUACAAUGUCAACAAUUCGUUGGAUACAACGAUAUUCACAUUGUUAUUCAAUAAUGUGUUCAUUAUUCUGUUUUCCUUUAUGGAUUCUUAUGUUACCCAUUGCUUUUGUUCUUGACAUAUGUAUUUAUUUCAUAGCAUUUAUUAUUUUUAUUAUUGUUUUCAUCAUAAAUAUUCUAUUGGCUCCAUGUACAUUGGCAUAUAAAUUUUCUUCAUGUUCAGAUGCUUGGAAACCUGUGAAUAUUUAUCGAUACAGUCUGCGAGAAGCAUUAUUUUGGUUUGAAUCUAUUUUAAUGAUUUUUCAGAUGCCUUGGUUAUGUUAUUGUGGUUCAGGUCAUAUUGAAGAUGGUGCACCGAUUUGUUGUACAUAUAUUUGUUGUAUAGAAUGUCAUAAUGCAUGUAGUAAAGCAACACAAGUUAAGAUAAAUAAUCAAUCAUGUAUUAUACUUUAG